UAGUGCGCACGCUCAGCAGCGACAACAGCCACGCAGUUCAUGCAAAACCAAAAAUAAUAUAUAUAAAUUUUCUCAGACGUCGCGUCCAGCAAUCGUGAUAAGCCCGAAGCCGAGCAUUAAUAACAUUAAGACUUUUGUGCUAGAAAAUCAACAAAGUAUUUUAAGCAAAUCAAACGAAUUACAAUACGGAACGUGUGUGCGCAAUUGAAGCAACAAUUGUGACAAUCGCAGGAUUAAAGCAGCUUUCAACAAUUUUAUUAUUAAUUUAUAACAAAUACACACACACACGCGCGCAAAACAUGUGCCCAUUAAAACCACAAUUUUACACCCUGGCUGUGACCCUGGGCUUGGUUUGCCUGGCGACGGCUAUGCCACAAAAUCCACAGCAGCUGCAGGAUGGGCCGCACACGCUGCUGGACAUCGAGACGCCCAAUCAGUUCAGCUACAACUCGCCGCUGGCCCAGCCGGACAGUUUGCGCAACAAGCCGUACUUUGAUUUCCUGAGCACGCUCUAUGCCCACGACUCGGCCAAGACUGACCUGUUUCGCAAUCGGCCGCAACGCGAUCUACAGUCACAGACACAGUCACAGUCCCAGCCAGAGCCGGAGCUGAAGGCGCAGGAGCUGUCGCUGACGCCCGCUGAGGAGCCGAAGAGUCAACGCCGGGAUCGCAAGCGUCGCGCGAUCGUAUUCCGUCCGCUGUUCGUCUAUCAGCAGCGCGAGAUCCGCAAGAAGGAGAUUGCCGCCAGGCGACGCAGCGACGAGAUUAGCCGUCGCAACUACAACGAGUACUACAAGCGGGUGUAGUUGCGUCUACACCGAAUCCGAUCUUAAAUCUAAUCAACAACCAUGCACAAGAAUCAUGCCACAAUGAGCAAUGGCUAUGGCUGUCACUGGUCUUCUACAGGGUCCUCUCUAGCACUUAGCUUUUUUUAUUAUUGUGUUUUAGCCAUAAGUUAGCCCAGCACAACGCACUGCAGACACGAACACGAACACGACACUCGACUAACUAUCUAUCUAUUAUAAUCUAUAUAUUAUUACAUAUAACACAUAUAUUCACCCACUCACAGACACACACACACCCCUGCAUACGCACAUCCCUCCUAACUAUGUUAAGUAAUCGUAUCCCUAAAUUAAUAUGCAUGUAUGUUAUAUUUGUUAACUGAU